CUAGAAAGGGCGAAAAGUACCCUUGGAAGCCCUCGCCCCUGAAUCUGAUUGGCUUUGGCGCUGUGGUGUCCUGGAUAUGUGGACUCCUGUUACAAGUGGAAGGUUACUAGCCAUAGAAGACUGUGAUUCUGCUUCCCCUUUAGCAUUGGCAGGGACUGGGGGAGAAGUUUAGGUGAGGGUGUUGGAUGGGUAGUGGACGUUGUCGCGUGGGUGCGCUUCCAUGCAGCUGAGGACUCUGUAAGAGGCUUUCAUCUGACCGAGCACGGAGCAGGUUCAUUAUUCCACUUAGCUGGGACUGCAAAGCUCCUCGCUGUGCAGGUCUGGAUUCAAUCAGCGGGGUAGCACUGUUGUGGGCGAAGGAUGGAAGCAGAAGAACACAGUAUUAUGCUUGGAAAAGCCUGUAGUUGGCGGGUUUCAUUAGCUGUGCACCGUUGUAGGUCCUCAUCUUGAUCCUGGUUGAGGAGCAGUUACCAAAGGCUCCAGCAAUAUGGCUGAGGUGCCAGCAGAAGGGGAAGGGGGGACUCCUGUUGAGCCCCCUGAUGCUGAUGAUGACAAGGAAAAAUAUGUGGAGAUGGACCCGUCCGGUCGUUAUGGUCGGUAUGACGAGGUGCUGGGCAAAGGAGCCUUCAAGACAGUCUACAGAGCUUUCGAUGAAGUGGAAGGUAUUGAAGUUGCCUGGAAUCAGGUGAAAGUACAGGACGUCCUCCAGAAUCCAGAUGAUCUGGAACGCUUGUACUCGGAAGUUCACCUUCUGAAGACUCUGAAGCACAAGAACAUCAUCAAGUUCUAUCACUCCUGGGUGGACACAAAAACCAAGAACGUGAACUUCAUCACCGAGAUUUUCACGUCAGGCACACUGCGCCAAUACCGCAAGAAGCACAAGCAUGUUGACAUGAAGGCAGUCAAGAGCUGGUCCAGGCAGAUCCUGAGGGGCCUGCUCUAUCUGCAUAGCCAUGAUCCCCCCAUCAUACACAGGGAUCUCAAGUGCGAUAACAUCUUUGUGAACGGGAAUCAGGGUGAAGUGAAGAUUGGGGACCUCGGGUUGGCGGCCAUUUUGCGACAGGCCCACGCUGCGCAUAGUGUCAUUGGUACUCCAGAGUUCAUGGCCCCUGAGCUGUAUGAGGAGGAAUACAACGAGCUUGUGGAUAUCUACUCCUUCGGCAUGUGCUUGCUCGAGAUGGUGACCUUCGAGUACCCGUACAGCGAAUGCAUAAAUGCUGCUCAGAUCUACAAGAAGGUCAUGGCGGGAAAGAAGCCUGCUUCUUUGGAGAAAGUGAAGGAUCAGGAGGUGCGCCAGUUUGUGGAGAAGUGCUUGGAGCCCGUGAGCCACAGGCUGCCGGCACGGGAGCUUCUGAUGGACCCGUUUCUGCAAGUCGACAAACCCGAUGGGGAGCCGAAUGAUGCCUUGCUGCCUCUUUCCAGAUCAGAGUCCCUCUCUGAUGUGGACGCGGGAAGGAUGAGCAGGAACUCGUUCAGUGAGGUGGGAGAGCGCAGGGCGCGGGUCUCGCGGGCGGAUGAAGAGCCACAGCUCAGGGUGGUGGAGAUUCCUCGGAGCGGGUUCGAGCAGGAGGACGAGCCUGGGAAGCUGGACAGCAACAGCAGCAGUGCCAAGGUCUCCCCUCAGGACCAGUCAGUGGGAGGGAGCGGGUCAAUGUACGGGGGAAAGGUCAGCAAGAAGGGCGAGGGGAGCGUGGCAAGUCAGCAUGUGCAUUCGUCGUCGGAGGACUCUCUCCAGUCGGGCCAGUCUUUGAAGGGCAGGGAGAAAGGCGAAGGGGAUGAGAAUGGGUCUGUCAGCCCUUCAGAGCCAAGGGAUGACCUUAGCGAGGAGGGGGAUGGGAGGGACAAAGAUGUGGUUGAGGACAGCGAGGGCGAUGACAAGUCCGUCGAGGAGCAGCCGCAUUCCAGCACCACCAGGGACUUCAGGGUGAAGGGAAAGAUCCGAGACGAUGAUACGCUCUUCCUGCGGUUGAGAAUUGCAGAUCAAGAAGGCCAUGUUCGGAACAUCCAGUUCCCUUUCGAUGUCGAGAUGGACACGGCUCAGAGCGUUGCCCGGGAGAUGGUUACCGAGCUGGACCUGUCGGAGCAGGACGUGGAGACCAUUGCCAGCAUGAUCGAUGCUGAGGUGGAGAACCUGGUUCCCAACUACAAAGAACUAGAACCGGGGGAUAAGCGGAUGCUCAGGCGUGGGGAGUCCAAUGCCAGCUACGUAGCGGAACCCUCCAGCGUGCCCCUGCACAACGAGUUUGAGCCGCUCUCGUAUGCCUCAUCAGAGGGUUCUGCGCUCAUGGACCGGGCGCACGAGCUGUCCAGAUCUCCGGGGCUGUCAUCGCCGCAUGGUUACCACAGCCCGCGGUACCGGGAGGAGAACGAGAACACGCACAGCCGAUUUGAGGAGCUGCGGGCCAACUACCCAUACGGGGACGGCUUCUCGAGUGACUCGAGUGACUCCUUCGAAGAAGAGGAGUCUCUCAAGUCCCCCACGCAGACGCCAGCUGGUCGAAACUUAGAGCAUGUGAGUGGGGAGGAGGGGUUCGAGGGUGGGCGGGGGAGGAAGGCGACAAGAAAACUAGACAGGUCCGAGGAGGAGGACGAAAGGCGCUCCGUCAGCAGAUCUGAGCGGGGCGCGAGCCUCCAGUCAAAGAAACCCGCCCCGGCUGAACCGUCGGCUGAGGCCGCACGCGCGCGCAAACUAGAGCAGCAGGAAGCCCUGCAGCCAGAGAAAAUGGAACGCAAGCAGCCCUCCCCGGAGCGCACCCGCCGUGCGGAGGGCCCAAGCAGCAGAAAUGCCAGCAGGCAGGGCUCUGUGGAUCUGGACGAGGGUGCCCGCAGGGGGGCAGGCGCAGGCUCUCGCCCCGUGAGCAGACUGGGUCUCUCAGACGAUGAUCUGCGCAGGGCGCAGCAGGGGGUUGGCAGCGGCGAUGAGUUGGAGCUGGCCGGGGGGGGCAGGCUCAGCCCAGGCCUGCGCCUCAACCACUCUCCUGAGCGCAGCGGGCAGCCAUCUCCUGUUGAGAGCCACCCCUCAUCCCCCCUCCGGAGCAGGCAAACCUCGCCCCACCCUAUCCCCCGCGGCCGCGCAAGUCCUGUGGGGAAGAGCGGGACGCCCUCCCCCCGUCGGGGCAGCGGCGACGACUCGUCGCGGUCGUACGCAGCAGCAGUCAAAAACUCGGUCAGCCGGACGUCCAGCAUGGCGUCCAGCGAGGAUCUCGAGGGCAAGCCAGCCAGCGAGACGUUCAACACGUGGGUGGAGUCGAGGCGCGCGGAGGGGCGCGUGCCGUAUGCGCACGACACCUGGCGAGACAUUGUGAGUGCCCGGGAGAAGGCAGGCUGGCAGGAGGAGGGGGGCAGUGCCAGGGGGAGCUUGAGGAAGGGGCCGCUAGAGCUGCCGUCGCUAAAGGUGGGGGAGAAUGCGGGAGAGGAGGAGGAUGAUGAUGAGGGGGAUGAGGACACAAGGAAGGAGAUGGAGGAGCUGUCCCGGAUCCACGCGGAGCAGCUGAGGGAGAUGCAGAAGAAGCACGAGGAGGCGCUGAAGUUGAUCAAGCAGAAGCACAAGAGGGCUGGCAGCAAGGGCGACCUGCAGGGGCAGGACUCCCAGAUCCCCUCUCACGCCUCCUCCCCCGACAGCCGCCGCCAGAUGCUCCACGCUGUCUCUCGCGGAUCCAGCUUGGGCGGCAUCAACCUGGAGGGAAAUUACCCCGCCCGCGCUCAGACACCGCCCCCAGAGUCGGUGCUUCAGCACGUGCCAGGAUUCAGGCGCAGCUCGAGUGGACCGCUGCUAGACGACACCGAGGUGUUCCCCAAGGACGCUAACCCGGAGAUGGCCAAGGCAGUCAUCCGGGACACUGCGGCGAGCCUGCACAGGAUCAAGGUUGGGCUGGAGGCGGCAAGGCAGGAGGGUCAGGAUGCCGUCAGCAAGGCCGCCGCCCGGCCCGCUCCCGACGACCCCACCGCGGCCCUGGAGCAAAUGGUCCAGGAGAACAGGGCCCAGUUCUCGCCCCACCCCGCCCCCGCCCCCAGGCGCGAGCCUGAGCAGCCCAUCAAGCGUGAGGGCCCUGUCUCUGGCGUGGUUGCUGGCAGCACCACAGGGGCUGAGAAGCCGCCGCGCGCGGCAGGUGCCACCGCAGGGCCCAGCCCCGGGGUCACCCCCCGGGCGCCCGAGGCAGUGGCGGGCGGCCCGAGUAGGCGGCCGGUGUUGGAGGUGGUGAAAAGGGUGGUGGCCAAGGAGGAGGAGGGGAGGAAGUUGGGAAGCACGCUCUCAGGUUCACUGGCCCGGCGGGACUCGCUGGACGAGCCCCCUCCCCGGCGUGAGGAACGGCCUCCAGGCACGCGCAAGGAGGAUCCCGCUAGCAUGCGGAGAGAGGGCGGGGACGGUCCGGGGCACUCCGGGCGGCACGAGGGCAGUUUCCGGCGCGAAGACAGCCUCAACCCGCCCGCGCCGGGCGUCAGACGGGAAGAGAGAGAAGUACCGGUUCGGUCGGCGGCGGUGGAUGUGCCAAAGAGGGCGGAGAGCGGGAUCCGCAGGGAAGAUACUUUGAGAAAGGAGGAGGGGCGGAGAGAAGAGGAGCCGAAGCGGGCGGAGGCUGCGAUCCGGCGGGAAGAGGCGGGCCACUCGGGCCGGCUCGAGGCCGGGAUUAAAAAAGAGGGCAGCGUGGCAAUGGAGGGGCCGGGCGUGUCAGAGCGGCCGUACCGGCCGGACCGGCACGCGUUCAGCGGGCCGCUCGAGCGGACGCUCCCCCGGCGCGACUCUGCGUCGGAGCUGCGCAGCGGGGACCACUCGCGGCGCGAGAGCGACAGCUCGAUAGACUUCGGGUCGGGCCUCCGGCCCCGGGGCACGGUGGAUGACGUCAGCGGGAUGUCGAAGGAGCAGCAGGCGGCAGCGGCAUAUCGGAGGACGUCUGUCUCGAGCGAGGGCAACGCCGCGGCGGAUGUGAGCGUGCCCCCAGUGGUGGCGGUUCCGGUUGCACGGCGGGGCUCGCACAGCGACCUGAGCGCAACACGUGGCUUGUCUAUGUCGACGAGCGACCUCGGGGCCAUGGGUUACAAGGUUGCGAGCAUGAGUCGUCUGGCGGACGAGCCGGGGCCGAAGUCGCCCGUAGCAGGAGACGAUUUGAGUCAUGCGCGGAAGGCAGCGCUUAGAAUGCAGAUUCUGGAACUCGAGGCUAAGACGCUAGAGGGGUUGAAUGGGAGUCGGAACGGGAUUCUUGCUGGCCUUGGGAAAAACUGCAUGAAGCCGGGGGUAAGUGGAAAGAUGGGUGAUGCGCACAAGUCACAAACAGAGUCGAAGAGUUGAGCUACGUUCCUCCCGUUCGCUUUCUGUCGUUUCACGAGUUUCAAGAGGGUAGUCCUACUAGCCAGAAUGGGCCGAUCAGCUGAGCCAGUUUGUGCAGCGGUGGUGGGACUUUCCUAAGCCCUCUACUCGUGGCCGAGCUGUAAAUAUUAGGUACGUAUGCAGAGGCGCCUAGGUUGUUACGCUUAGGAGUUGGACACAUCAACGUGUCGAUGUCCCACCUUAUGCCUUGCCUUUACUUGUCUUCUUUUUCAUCUUCUCCGCGCGCGUCAUGUUCUCUCGACGAUCGGAAAAUUUAUACGGCUUUUGUAACUGGCAGCCCAAUUUGUAGUCUCC